AUGUGGAGGAGAAAGAAGGACAAAGUCGCACAAGACGAAGCGGGCUCCGGCUCCGGCUCCGGCUCCGGCCCCGGCACACAGGACUCCACAAACCACAGCAACCCCGUUGCCGCCUCCGUAGCCCCUCCAGCCUACACCGCCCAAGACGCAACCCACUCCGUCGCACCAGACGACUUCUCCACCCUCAUUACCAACCUCACGCUAUCACCGUCCCCAAUCCCCACUGAAGACGCGUGCCUCGCACACCUGCGUCUCCUGAAAGCGUUCGAACGCCUCAAGACGGAGAUGGGGUAUCGCGAGGGGCUAUGGGAUCUUUUCGAUUGCCGCGCCAAAGCCGCCCCUUCCCCAGCCAGCAACAAUGGUAAAGCUGCAGCAGCGGCAGGUCCGGGGUUCAACGAGGACGUUCUCGUCAAGAUCCGCGAGAAGAGAUGGGCAGUCUACGUCGCGCGGGCGGUGGAUCGCUACGUUGCGUGGUGGAAGAGUUUCGUCCCGGACAUGUUGCAGGAGAAUGACAUGAUUGACCCGGACCAAGACAGAAAGGAUCGGUACGAGGGUUUUGUGAAAGGCGAUGGCAUGGUCUGGAACGGUGAUAUGCUGCCGCCUUUAGAUGUGUUGAUGGUAUGGCAUGCGCAUAUGCUCAACCCCAGACUCUACCUCGAGGAUUGCAUCCGGUACGGCCACGGGACUCUCUGGGCCGCCGGGAUGCCCUGGCAAGUUGUGAACGCCGCCAUCCAGGGGCCGACAUUCCAAUACGUCGCCUCAAACGAGUGCGUCGCGCAGUGGACCGCCAGGACUGAUCUCGCAUGGCGGAACGAGGACGACCCGGACACCAAAGACGUCAAAUGUCCCGUGUGCGCGGCUACGGUGACGAUCCCUUGGACGACGUGCGGUCAGGCUGAGGACUAUCAAGGAACCAGACGCCCCGGUAUUGUGGGAGAAGGUCUCGCAGAUGGCCAGCUAUCUCAUCAGUGCCCUUCCUGCGCUAAAAAGGUGACCCACGAAUCUCUCCGCAUCUCUAAAUUCCGAGCCGACCUGCAAGCCUCCAUCACGCAGGACCACGCCAUCCCCGGCACGAUUCUGGACUUGAAAACCGGAAUACCAAAGCUUGUCAAAUACGACGACGACAGCUCGGACGGGGGAUGCCCAGACCAGCUCUUUCCCGCCCGUCUCGCACGUCGUGGGCUACUUGUUGAGGUUGUCGAGAUGCUGAAGCCCGAAAGCUCCGUGGCACCCUCAAUGAUGGCAGUGCGCAACGUCAUGGAGGAAAACUUCACGGGAAGGUUUGCGGACUCAAAGAACCUAAGAGAAUUGAUGGACAGACAUGGCCAUAAGAAGGUGACUGAGUUCCGGCUCAGUUUGGACGGCCGGAGGCAGACAAGGAAGAUGAUGUCUCGGUAUUGGGAGAACGCGUCGCCUUUGAGCAUCGACUUGGUCGGCUGCGUCAUGCGGCAGGGGGCUUUCACCGAAAAGAUGUGCAAGCGGAUCAACUGGUUAAGUUUUCCCAAUGCUCGCACCAUCGUGGCCCAAUUGAUCCAAAAAUACACACGCUUCAUCGAAAUCGUUGCCAUUGCAGCAGCCACCAAAGACAAGGUCGCUGUCCCAACGCUUGACGUCGACCUCGCCUGGCACACACAUCAGCUCAGUCCACAAUCGUAUUACAACUACUCCGUCCUAAAAACGGAGGUUUUCGUCGACCAUAACGACAAAGUCGAUGAGGAUAGACUCAGUACCGCCUUCGAAUGGACAUGUAAGACGUAUCAGGACAAAUUCGGAGAGAUAUACUCCGAGUGCAAGUGCUGGUAUUGUGAGACUGUAAGAGUAAUGGCCCUGCCUGUAACCAAGAUGUUCGGUUUAGGGAAGGAGGAAAAACUUCUGGAAGCAUGGCAUGAAUCUCCUCAAGCCAAAGACGUACCCAUAGCUCCGGCUGCCGAAUCAGCGCAUGUCUCAUCGCACCCGGCGGUGCACACCAACGAGACAACAGCCAGGCGGGUGACAACCCGUCCGCUGCGUCUUGAGUACCGUAACAGGCUGGAGGUGACACACUCCAAAGCGCGAAAGAGAGCUAACAAGACAUUCAAGGUUGAGAAAGGAAAGCGAAUGGGACCAAGAGGUGAGGACACAACGCGCUUCUGGGGGAAGAACAUCCAAGUCGACGGACCGUGGGCGUCAGGUAUGGCCGCUGCUUCAACUAGUGCGAUAUACCCAUCUCCGCCAGGCUUCGUCCAUACGGGUCCUGGAUCAGUAGGCAGCUGCGCAACGGGCACGUGUGGUGGUGCGACUGGAUGCGGCUCGGAGACAUUGGGAUUGUGCUCCGCCGGAUGUGUAGGGAGCGCGUGGUUCGGCGGCAAAGCCGGCUGCGUAGGUUUCGGUGAUUCAGGUUCAGUCGGUUUUUAA